AUGGUCCGCCGCAGUUUUCCUGCCUUGGCGAAGGGCGAUCAGGCGCUGGGACGGCUCUUGGUCGCUGGAUGCGUGCUGGAAGACCUUGUGGAUCUCUUCAGCGAAGGUCGGAGAGUGGAGUUGCAAAACCUUUCCUUCAAUCAAGGAAAGGAACUGCGAGUCACCGGUGUCCCUGAACCCAAUCCGGUUGGUUUCGCCAUCAAUGUGGGUGAAUCUGAGUGCAACAUUGCGCUCCACAUCAACCCUCGCUUUCAAGGCUGUGGCCCAGGUGUCAUCGUCCUGAAUGCCAUGAAGGAUGGGUCCUGGGGUGCUGAAGUGAGAGAUGAAAGAAACUUUCCUUUCCGGCAGGGCGAGAAGUUUGAGGUGUCCAUCACCUUUGGCAAUGAGCAGUUUUGCAUUAGCCUGGACAACGGCAACAUGCUGGAGUUCCCCAACCGCCUGGAACAGCCCCAGUACAGUAAAAUCUGGUUUACAGGAGACGUCAGGAUCACCGGCAUGUAUGUCAAAUAG